AUGGCGGAUGCUGCAGCCGAAUACGGCGUGAAAGUAAUGUGCCGAUUCAGGCCACUAAAUGAAUCCGAAAUAACAAGAGGAGACAAAUAUAUCCCCAAAUUUAAAGAAGACGACACCGUGGUUAUAACUGUAAGUGCUGCAUCUAAUAGUUAAUUUAUCUGCUGUGUAGGUAAGUAUUGUUGCCUUAACUAGACAACUCGAACACCAGCAAAACGCGCAGAGGAAAUGUGCAAUGCAGUGAGCAUUUCCAAUACAGAGCGCCCAAUGCAUUGACUGAAUCUUUACACACAGCACAUUGAAUUGUAGCCUAUUGAAAAACAUUUUUAUGUGGUAACUUCCACAAACAUCGCAAAAAUGUUUGUGACCCUCUGCAGAGCAUUUGUUGGUAGCCUAUAUGUUUUGAUUGUGUUGCGCUGUAGCUUUCUCCAGCGGCAGCUGAUGGCCUCAGAUGGAGUAUUGGGAAUUGUUGCCGGAGAUAGACAGGGAGCUGUUGCCAGAGGGGCAGAUUGUGCUUUGACACUGCUGUGAUGCAGUAUUCACUCUGCUGAGAUAGCAGAUUCCAGGUGGCUAACAUUCUGUUCUUCUCUGUCUAAGCUCUGUCACCUGUGGUGAAUGCAAGCUGAGCUGCACUCAUAAUAGGACAAUUAACAACAUGGAAAUAAGGCAUUUCCUCUCAUUCUACUAACUAUAAAGCACACAUAGCCUAUACCUUGAAUGUAUUAAUUGGAUUGAAUCUAAUAGGAUUUAUUUAAAGUUCCCAUUUUAAAAGUGGCAAGCCUGUUAAAUUGAUGUACAGUAGUUGGAUAACUGGCUUGGCUUGAAUGAUUCAGGUUUUCAGCUGGUGGCAAGGGAGACAUCUGCACUUCUCCAGUGGUGGACACCCCUUCAAAUUAGUGGAUUCGGCUAUUUCAGCCACACCCGUUGCUGACAGGUGUAUAAAAUCGAGCACACAGCCAUGCAAUCUCCAUAGACAGCUCAGUGACUUUCAACGUGGCUGAAGGUGGCAUCAUAGGAUGCCACCUUUCCUAUAAGUCCGUUCGUAAAAUUCCUGCCCUGUAAGUGCUGUUAUUAUGAAGUGGAAACAUCUAGGAGCAACAAGGGCUCAGCCACGAAGUGGUAGGCCACACAAGCUCACAGAACGGGACCACCAAGUGCUAAAUCGAAUAGCAUGUAAAAAAUAGUCUGUACUCUGUUGCAACACUCACUACCGAGUUCCAAACUGCCUCUGGAAGCAACAUCAGCACAAGAACUGUUCAUCAUGAAAUGGGUUUCCAUGGCCGAGCAGCUGCACACAAGCCUAAAAUUAACAUCUGCAUUGCUAAGCGUCGGCUGGAGUGGUGUAAAGCUCACCGCCAUUGGACUCUGGAGCAGUGUUCUCUGGAGUGAUGAAUCAAGCUUCACCAUCUGGCAGUCCGAUGGACGAAUCUGGGUUUGGCGAAUGCCAGAAGAACGCUGCCUGCCCGAAUGCAUAGUGCCAACUGUAAAGUUUGGUGGAGGAGGAAUAAUGGUCUGGGGCUGUUUGUCAUUGGUCGGGCUAGGCCCCUUAGUUCCAGUGAAGGGAAAUCUUAAUGCUACAGCAUACAAUGACAUUCUAAACGAUUCUGUACUUCCAACUUUGUGGCAACAGUUUGGGGAAGGCCCUUUCCUGUUUCAGCAUGACAAUGCUCCGUGCACAAAGCGAGGUCCAUACAGAAAUGGUUUGUCGAGAUCGGUGUGGAAGAACUUGACUGGCCUGCACAGAGCCCUGACCUCAACCCCAUCGAACAUCUUUGGGAUGAAUUGGAACACCGACUGCAAGCCAGGCCUAAUCGCCCAACAUUAGUGCCCGACCUCACUAAUGCUCUUGUGGCUAAAUGGAAGCAAGUCCCCGCAGCAAUGUUCCAACAUCUAGUGGAAAGCCUUCCCAGAAGAGUGGAGGCUGUUAUAGCAGCAAAGGGGGGACCAACUCCAUAUUAAUGCCCGUGAUUUUGAAACGAGAUGGUUGACGAGCAGGUGUCCACAUACCUUUGGUCAUGUAGUACAGUUCUAAUCUAGAUCUUUUGUAAGAAUCUAAAGGUCUUAUUUUGCGUGCUCCGUUGUAUUAGAAUGAGGUCUUGUGUACAGAAAGCCUACACAGUUAUCAUCACAAUAGCUUGUCUCUCUGUUAACAGUAUCUGACUACAGGCUGCUCCCCUUGCUCAACAGCCGUUCAGCGUUCAUGUAUUAUUCAUAAGGUUGUAUGCCAUCAUAAAGAAACAUUGUGUCAGUGUGUGUUAAGGAAGUCCACUGUAUACCACAUAUUUACCUAAUAUAAUAUGAAAUUGAGGCCUAAUGCAGUUGUGUAUUAUGAAGGCCUAUGAGAUCUCGCGUCAAUCACUUUUGUUCCAGAGAAAGAACAGAAGCCUCUGUUUAAAGCAGGAGGCCUACUAGCUGGUACAGACAUCUCUUCAUUCUCCUGUAGCCUGCAGACAGCUCAGCUGGUACAGACAUCUCCUCCCUCAUUCAGCUGCUGACAGGCUGGUUGUCAAGUGAGGGAAGCCUUGUCCUGUGUUGUGUCCGUCACCGUAGACCAGGCUGGAUCGUGUUGAUUAAACCUGCUGCUUGUAGCUCUAUUGUAAUUGUCUCACAAGCUCUGCUGCUGAUUAUUGAUUACCAUUUACAAGCUCUGCUAUUAAUGAUUGAUUGCCAUUCAAAAGCUCUGCUACUGAUUAUUGAUUACCAUUCACAAACUGCUAUUGAUGAUUGAUUACCAUUCACAACCUCUGCUAUUGAUUAUUCAUUACCAUUCACAAGCUGUACUAUUGAUUAUUCAUUACCAUUCACAAGCGCUGCUAUUAAUUAUUGAUUACCAUUCACAAACUCUGCUAUUGAUUAUUGAUUACCAUUCACAAGCUGUACUAUUAAUUAUUAAUUACCAUUCACAAACUCUGCUAUUGAUUAUUCAUUACCAUUCACAAGCGCUGCUAUUAAUUAUUGAUUACCAUUCACAAACUCUGCUAUUGAUUAUUCAUUACCAUUCACAAGCUGUACUAUUAAUUAUUCAUUACCAUUCACAAACUCUGCUAUUGAUUAUUGAUUACCAUUCACAAACUGCUAUUGAUUAUUGAUUACCAUUCACAUCCUCUGCUAUUGAUUAUUGAGUACCAUUCACAAGCACUGCUAUUGAUUAGUGAGUACCAUUCACAAUCGCUGCUAUGGAUUAUUGAGUACCAUUCACAUAAUGUUGUUGCUCCCAUUUACCCAUCCCUCUUUCCCAUAGAGCUCUGUAGUCACUGUGCAUCUCUUUUGUCUGUUGUGGACAGGGUAAACCAUAUGUCUUUGACCGCGUCCUGCCUCCCAACACAGCCCAGGAGCAGGUCUACGAUGCCUGUGCCAAACAGAUUGUUAAAGGUAGGCGAACCCUAAACAGAUUGCUAAAGGUAGGCUAGCCCUAAACAGAUUGCUAAAGGUAGGCUAGCCCUACCAGCUGGUGAGUCCUUACCCUUGUGGAAUACGUGUUAUUAUGUCUGAUCCACAUUCCUUGUGUACAGUGCAUUCUGAAAGUAUUCAGACCCCUUGACCUUUUCCACAUUUUGUUAUGUUACAGCCUUAUUCUAAAAUGGAUUAAAUAAAAAUGUUUCCUCAUCAAUCUACACAGAAUACCCCAUAAUGAUAAAGCGAAAACAGGUUUUUCUAAAUUUUAGCAAAUUUAUUACAAAUAAAAAAACAGAAAUACCUUAUUUACAUAAGUAUUCAGACCCUUUGCUAUGAGACUCGAAAUUGAGCUCAGGUUCAUCCUGUUUCCAUUGAUCAUCCUUGAGAUGUUUCUACAACUUGAUUGGAGUCCACCUGUGGUAAAUUCAAUUGAUUGGACAUGAUUUGGAAAGGCACACACCAGUAUAUAUACGUUCCCACAGUUGACGUUGCAUGUCAGAGCAAAAACCAAGCCAUGAGGUCGAAGGAAUUGUCCCUAGAGCUCCGAGACAGGAUUGUGUCGAGGCACAGAUCUGUGGAAGGGUACCAAACAAUUUCUGCAGCAUUGAAGGUCCCCAAGAACACAGUGGCCUCCAUCAUUCUUAAAUGGAAGAAGUUUGGAACCCCCAAGACUCUUCUUAGAGCUGGCUGUCCGGCCAAACUGAGAAAUCAGGAGAGAAGGGCCUUGGUCAGGGAGGUGACCAAAAACCAGAUGGUCACUCUGACAGAGCGCCAGAGUUCCUCUGCGGAGAUGGGAGAACCUUCCAGAAGGACAACCAUCUCUGCAGCACUCCACCAAUCAGGCCUUUAUUGUGGAGUGGCCAGACGAAAGCCACUCUUCAGUAAAAGGCACAUGACAGCCCAGUUGGAGUUUGCCAAAAGGCACCUAAAGACACGAUUCUCUGGUCUGAUGAAACCAAGAUUGAACUCUUUGGCCCGAAUGCCAAGCGUCACAUCUGGAGGAAACUUGGCACCAUCUCUACGGUGAAGCAUGAUGGUGGCAGCAUCAUACAGUGGGGGAUGUUUUUCAGUGGCAGGUAUUGGCGAUUAGUCAGGAUCGAGGGAUAGAUGAAUGGAGCAAAGUACAGAGAGAUCCUUGAUGAAAACCUGCUCCAGAGCGCUCAGGACCUCCGACUGGGGCUAAGGUUCACCUUCCAACAGGACAACGACCCUAAGCACACAGCCAAGACAAUGCAGGAGUGGCUUCGGGACAACAUUUACAUUUUAGUCAUUUAGCAGACGUUCUAAUCCAGAGCGAUUAGGGUUAAGUGCCUUGCUUAAGGGCACAUCGACAGAUUUUUCACCUAGUCGGCUCGGGGAUUAGAACCAGCGACCUUUCGAUUACUGGCACAACGCUCUUACCCACUAAGCUACCAAGUCUCUGAAUGUCCUUGAGUGGCACAGCCAGAGGCCAAACUUGAACCCGAUGGAUCAUCUCUGGAGAGACCUGAAAAUAACUGUGCAGUGAUGCUCCCUAUCCAAACUGACAGAGCUUGAGAGUAUCUGCAGAGAAGAAUGGGAGAAACUCCCCAAAUACAGGUGUGCCAAGCUUUUAGCAUCAUACCCAACGGGCUCGGGAGGCAAAUGUUGAGUCAUGUGUCCUCCGAAACAUGACCCGCCAAACCGCGCUUCUUAACACCUGCCCGCUUAACCCGGAAGCCAGCUGCACCAAUGUGUUGGAGGAAACACAGUACAACUGCCGACCGGGGUCAGCGUGCAGGCGCCCGGCCCGCCACAAGGAGUCGCUAGAGCGCAAUGAGCCAAGUUAAACCCCCACCGGCCGAACCCUCUCCUAACCCAGACGACGCUGGGCCAAUUGUGCGCCGACCUAUGGGACUCCCGAUCACGGCCGGUUGUGAUACAGUCCGGGAUCGAACCCGGGUCUGUAGUGACGCCUCACUGCGAUGCCUUUGACCACUGUGCCACUCGGGAGGCCUCCGUUUUUUAUUUUUAAUAAAUGUGCAAAAAUCUCUAAAAACCUGUUUUUGCUUUGUCAUUAUGGGGUAUUGUGUGUAGAUUGAUGAGAAAAAACAAUUGAAUCCAUUUUAGAAAAAGGAUGUAACGGAACAAAAUGUGGAAAAAGUCAAGGGGUCUGAAUACUUUCCGAAUGCACUGUAUGUGUGGUGUCCGGCGGGUCGGAAAAAAACACAAGACCGCAAAAAUACCAAUGUUUUGUUUCACAAAGGACAAAUAAAGUUUAACAGUAUUGUAUUGUAUUCACACAGACGUCCUGGGAGGAUACAAUGGAACCAUCUUUGCCUAUGGACAGACCUCCUCGGGGAAGACCCACACCAUGGAGGUCAGCGUGAUUCUCUGUAGUAAUAGUACCUGCGUAAAUGAAGAGAAAUAUGAAAUAUUUGAUCUAUACUAUAUGUUGUAGGUAUGCUAUGCCCUAAGAACACGGCACCAAGUCUACUGCACUCAUUAUUCUCAGACAGUUCAGCAGAGCGGUUUCUGACAUGAUAUUUCACUGGAAGUCAGUCCAGCCUUUCUAAGAGCAUUAAAACCCAUCAGAUCAGUUAGUGAGGCAGACAUACAUAACGUGAUUUAAUUACUCUCUGAGACUGAAUUGAUUUAGGAUGAGAUUAUGGUACUGUAGUGUGAGUGAUUAGAAGAACUGGGCCCCCCAACGCUAUAGGUUGCAUUUGUCCUCGGGCAAUGAAUUACUUUUUAUUAAAGUGGCAAGGAUCAGCUAAAGCCAGCAGUAGAUAGAGUACAGUAUAUAGAACAGCUGCUUCUUGGGGUAUAGAUGUAUAUUAUAUAGAACUGCUGUAGAUAUUCAGUGUAUAUAGAACAGCUGCUUCUUGGGGUAUAGAUGUAUAUUAUAUAGAACUGCUGUAGAUAUUCAGUGUAUAUAGAACAGCUGGCUAUAAGGGAUGUUUUCCGGACCCCCAGACUAUUUAGUGAUAAUAAUCAGUAUUGAGUGUGAUGUGAUUUAUUUUUCCUCAUCGCAGGGCAAGCUCCAUGACCCACAGCUGAUGGGCAUCAUCCCACGCAUCGCUCACGACAUCUUUGAUCACAUCUACUCCAUGGACGAGAACCUUGAGUUCCACAUCAAGGUAUUAAAUUGUUCAAUUCAACUUUAUUUAUCCCCUCGGGGGCCAUUAAGAAAGGCAAAGUCAGUCUACAAGUAUCAAAUCAAUUUCAACACGAUGUCUGAUCAUCAAAAUGUACAAAAAGAGGAAUGAAUCCAAAACUGAAACAGUGUGGUGGUUUCCAUCCCCUCCAGUAUUCUCAUGUUGAUACCUACACACCUGGAACAUACACUAUUUGGUGUAAAGGACCUUUAAAGAUCGCAGGCGGCUUCCUACCAUUUCUAUGGUCAUCAAAAUAUACACUGUAUUGAUUCCUGUUUUCUUGUGCAGGUCUCGUAUUUUGAAAUCUACCUGGACAAGAUCCGAGACUUACUAGAUGGUAAGAAGACCUCAUGUUCUGUUGGAUGGACUUCAAAAAGAGAAGUCUUUUGAAGAUGAACAGAGAUCAUUUUAGACAGAUCAUAACGGGGGGCGGCAGGUAGCCUAGCAGUUAAGUGCGUUGGGCCAGGAACCGAAAGGUCGCUGGUUCGAAUCCCAGAGGUGGCGAGUUUGAAAAAUCUGCCGUUCUGCCCUUGAGCAAGGCAGUUAACCCCCAACAACAACUGCCCCCCCCCGCACCUCUCUGAUUCAGACACAUUUCAGUUGUACAACUGACUAGGUAUCCUUUUCUAACGACUCACUUUCCUCUUUUCCAGUGUCGAAGACCAACCUGGCUGUGCAUGAGGACAAGAACAGAGUUCCCUAUGUCAAGGUGAGCAGUACAGAUGGUUGGGUAACACAUUCUGCAGGUAUAAUGCUUUAUUACUUGUCAUAAGCAUGUAUCAGCCUUUUAUAAUGUCUUAUUAUGAGGCUUAUAUGUUAUAGCAAUCAGAAAAGGCACCAACCUGUUAAAGCUGUGAUGAUGUGAUCCUGUCCCAGGGUUGUACAGAGCGCUUUGUAUCCAGUCCAGAGGAGGUCAUGGAUGUCAUUGAUGAGGGAAAGGCCAACCGGCACGUGGCUGUAACAAGUAUGUUGUGUGUUUCUUCAAUCAAUCAAUCACAUUUAUUUAUGAAGCCCUUCUUAGAUCAAUAGUUGUGUAAAAGUGUUUAACAGUAUCCCGACCUAGAAGGGUGUAUCAUUGCUAUUAUAAGAUGUACUUCUUCUAUAAUAUAUACUUAUUCUAUAAGAUAUACUUCUUCUAUAAUAUAUAAAUGACUUAUUCUAUAAUAUAUACUUCUUCUAUAAGAUAUACUUCUUCUAUAAUAUAUACUUAUUCUAUAAGAUAUACUUCUUCUAUAAGAUAUACUUCUUCUAUAAUAUAUACUUCUUCUAUAAGAUAUACUUCUUCUAUAAAAUAUACUUCUUCCAUAAGAUAUACUUCUUCUAUAAUAUAUACUUCUUCUAUAAUAUAUACUUAUUCUAUAAGAUAUACUUCUUCUAUAAUAUAUACUUCUUCUAUAAUAUAUACUUCUUCUAUAAGAUAUACUUCUUCAAUAAUAUAGACUUCUUCAAUAAUAUAUACUUCUUCAAUAAUAUAGACUUCUUCAAUAAUAUAUACUUCUUCUAUAAGAUAUACUUCUUCCAUAAGAUAUACUUCUUCAAUAAUAUAUACUUCUUCAAUAAUAUAUACUUCUUCUAUAAUAUAUACUUCUUCUAUAAGAUAUACUUAUUUUGUCCGUGUUCAUAGACAUGAAUGAGCACAGUUCCAGAAGCCACAGCAUCUUCCUGAUCAACAUCAAACAAGAGAAUGUGGAAACAGAGAAGAAACUGUCAGGGAAGUUAUACCUGGUGGAUCUGGCUGGUAGUGAGAAGGUAAAUCAGUAUGACGGUAAAGACAGACUCCAACAAACCACCAGAACUUUACAACUGUUUAUAACUUGUAUCACAACUGUGUUAUAACUCUAGGCUUGUCUGAUGAUGACGCCAAUGAACUGCCAUAACUUGUGUUAGAACUGUGCAAUGAUUGUGUUAUAAUGUGUUAUAACUCCCAGCUUGUCAGUCAGGCGUAAGAUGCUGAAGACAGACCCCCAACAAACGAAUUGUGAUAUGACUGUUAUAACUGUUUUAUAAUGUGUUAUAACUCCAGGCCUGUCAGUUAUAAGAUGCUGCAGCAUUGUGUGGCCUCUCUCCCCUGCUGACAGCCUUUUCUCUCUUUAAGGUCAGUAAGACAGGUGCUGAAGGAGCCGUGUUGGACGAAGCUAAAAAUAUCAAUAAGUCCCUCUCCGCUCUGGGGAAUGUCAUCUCUGCUCUGGCUGAGGGGACAGUGAGUUCUCUAUAUAUAUUACCCUUACCCUUCUCUCUUUAAUAUAGUGACAUCAGCAGGGAUUACUGAAUACUUUGCAUAUGUGAAAUUGAAAUAAUGCAAAAACAAUACAGUCGUGGUCAAAAGUUUUGAGAAUGACACAAGUAUUGGUCUUCACAAAGUUCGCUGCUUCAGUGUUUUUAGAUAUUUUUGUCAGAUGUUACUAUGGUAUACUGAAGUAUAAUUACAAGCAUUCCAUAAGUGUCAAAGGCUUUUAUUGACAAUGAUAUUAAGUUUAUGCAAAGAGUCAAUAUUUGCAGUGUUGACCCUUCUUUUUCAAGACCUCUGCAAUCCGCCCUGGCAUGCUGUCAAUUAACUUCUGAGCCACAUCCUGACUGAUGGCAGCCCAUUCUUGCAUAAUCAAUGCUUGGAGUUUGUCAGAAUUUGUGGGUUUUUGUUUGUUUGAGGAUUGACCACAAGUUCUCAAUGGGAUUAAGUUCUGGGGAGUUUCCUGGCCAUGGACCCAAAAUGUCUAUGUUUUGUUCCCCGAGCCACUUAGUUAUCACUUGUGCCUUAUGGCAAGGUGCUCCAUCAUGCUGGAAAAGGCAUUGUUCGUCACCAAACUGUUCUUGGAUGGUUGGGAGAAGUUGCUCUCGGAGGAUGUGUUGGUACCAUUCUUUAUUCGAAGCAACCCCACACAUGAAUGGUCUCAGGAUGCUUUACUGUUGGCAUGACACAGGACUGAUGGUAGCGCUCACCUUGUCUUCUGCCCCAAACAAUCGGAAAGGGGAUUCAUCAGAGAAAAUGACUUUACCCCAGUCCUCAGCAGUCCAAUCCCUGUACCUUUUGCAGAAUAUCAGUCUGUCGCUGAUGUUUUUCCUGGAGAGAAGUGGCACCAGGCACUCCUCCAAAAGUAUUCGCCUCACUGUGCGUGCAGAUGCACUCACACCUGCCUGCUGCCAUUCCUGAGCAAGCUGGUGGUGCCCCGAUCCCGCAGCUGAAUCAACUUUAGGAGACGGUCCUGGCGCUUGCUGGACUUUCUUGGGCGCCCUGAAGCCUUCUUCACAACAAUUGAACCUCUCUCCUUUAAGUUUUUGAUGAUAUGAUAAAUGGUUGAUUUAGGUGCAAUCUUACUAGCAGCAAUAUCCAUGCCUGUGAAGCCCUUUUUGUGCAAAGCAAUGAUGACGGUACGUGUUUCCUUGCAGGUAACCAUGGUUAACAGAGGAAGAACAAUGAUUUCAAGCACCACCCUCCUUUUAAAGCUUCCAGUCUGUUAUUCUAACUCAAUCAGCAUGACAGAGUGAUCUCCAGCCUUGUCCUAGUCAACACUCUCACCUGUGUUAACGAGAGAAUCACUGACAUGAUGUCAGCUGGUCCUUCUGUGGCAGGGCUGAAAUGCAGUGGAAAUGUUUUUUGGGGAUUAAGUUCAUUUUCAUGGCAAAGAGGGACUUUGCAAUUAAUUGCAAUUCAUCUGAUCACUCUUCAUAACAUUCUGGAGUAUAUGCAAAUUGCCAUCAUAAAAAUUGAGGCAGCAGACUUUGUGAAAAUUAAUAUUUGUGUCAUUCUCAAAACUUUUGACCACGACUGUAGACCAAAAUGUGCUUUUGCUGAAAAAAGUUCUGCAUCAGCAGUAAGGUCAUGUUUUACCUCUGAUCUGGCCCUGAUGGAUGCUGAUAGGCCCUGAUGGCUGACUGGUUAUCUAUGAGGCUGUCUGCUGAAAGGCCCUGAUGUCUGACUGGUUAUCUAUGAGGCUGUCUGCUGAAAGGCCCUGAUGGUUAAAUGAUGUGUUGUUUGUUUUCAGAAAACCCACGUCCCGUAUAGAGACAGCAAGAUGACUCGUAUCCUGCAGGACUCUCUAGGAGGGAACUGCAGGACUACCAUCAUCAUCUGUGCAUCUCCCUCUAUCUACAACGAGUGUGAGACCAAGUCCACCCUCAUGUUCGGACAGAGGUGGGUCAGCACCACUCUACAGUUUACCUAGUCUAGUGACAGACUGUUAACAUAAGUCUACCCUCAUGUUCAGACAGAGGUGAGCUGCACCAGACCCAGUUCCCCUAUUUUAUGUAAACAAUUAAAGGUUUCCCAUGGCAGAUGGGCCGUCGUUAAUCCAGCAGGAGACUGACAGUGACAGUUGAUGAUGAGUAGAGCUGGUGAUUACCCAGUGUAUUCCCUCCUGUUCAGUGCUUACUGAGGGGUUGCAGAACAAGCCUCUGCUCUAAGUCUUUAUCCAGAUGAUGAAGACAUUGUUCAUCCCUCUGACCUUUAGCUAAGUGUUACAUCCAUCCACUACCCUAAAUUCUGAUCCGUAGGGCUUUAUCCUGCCUCCUGGCUGGACAGCAACAGUAGCAUCAGUGGGAGUUAGCCUAGGCUGCUCUGUGUGUUAGAGAACACAGGGAACUUCCAGAACAUUCUGACUCUGCUGCCCUGCCAGAGAACACAGGGGACAUCCAGAACAUUCUGACUCUGCUGCCCUGCCAGAGAACACAGGGGACAUCCAGAACAUUCUGACUCUGCUGCCCUGCCAGAGAACACAGGGGACAUCCAGAACAUUCUGACUCUGCUGCCCUGCCAGAGAACACAGGGGACAUCCAGAACAUUCUGACUCUGCUGCCCUGCCAGAGAACACAGGGGACAUCCAGAACAUUCUGACUCUGCUGCCCUGCCAGAGAACACAGGGGACAUCCAGAACAUUCUGUCUGUGUUGCCCUGCCAGAGAACACAGGAAACUUCCAGAACAUUCUGACUCUGCUGCCCUGCCAGAGAACACCGGGGACAUCCAGAAUAUUCUGUCUGUGUUGCCCUGCCAGAGAACACAGGGGACAUCCAGAACAUUCUGUCUCUGUCGCCCUGCCAGAGAAAACAGGGUACAUCCAGAACAUUCUGUGGAGAGGAGCUGAUGGAGGUAGAACAGUAGGGGCUACAGAGCGAUGUGCUGUGCUGUGGUGCGCUCCACUGCUCUGCACUGCCUGCACCCAUGUGACCACCACUGCUGUCUGUGAGAAGAGGCUGAGAGGAGUUGGGCUUUACACGUCAGUCUACAGUACACGGCAGGGCUAAUUUGUCCCCGGUCACCUUCACAAGGGACAACUCCUGUCAUAUAUCUCAGACCAGUUACUAUAUGCAGCUAUCUGCCCACCCUGCUUCUUAUUGGAUCACCUCCUCCAGUUGUGUUGAUUCAAUGUUUAUCCCAUCUGUUCAGAGCUGUUCUGACAAAAUAUUAUAUUGUAGAUAAGUGAUGAGUAAAUGAAGCCACAAUGUCCUUUGGUGGAUGAAUUACAGCCCAUUUGCCAUGUACAAGUAGUGCUUUGCUGUAUAGGGAAUAGGGUGUGAUUAGGAAUCUGAGUGUGUGUGUCCCACCCUCCACACAGAGCCAAGACCAUCAAGAACACAGUGUCUGUGAACCUGGAGCUGACUGCUGAGGAGUGGAAGAAGAAGUACGAGAAGGAGAAGGAGAAGAACAAGAGUCUGAAGAACGUCAUCCACAGACUGGAGAUGGAGCUCAACCGUUGGAGGAACGGUGAGGGAGGGAGAUGGGGAGGUGGAGAGAGAGAGAGAGAGAGAGAGAGAGAGAGAGAGAGAGGGGUAAGAGAGAGAGAGAGAGGGGUAAGAGAGAGAGAAAGGGUGAGAGGAGCUCGACGCGGCAGAUAGCUCACUAGAGCCUCGUUCUCUCGAUGAUCCUCUCUCGCGCGUGUCUCGCUCUCUCUCGUACCUCUCGUCUCCUGCGCCGCUCUCUCUCUCUCCGCUCUAUCGACAGAGAGAGAGAAUUGAAACCUUCAUAUGAAAUAGAGCCAGACUGAGUUAGUGUUCCCAUGGUAGACAUUGAGUGAAUGAGUGCACAGUUCAGGGAGAAGGUUAGAGAAUCGGACCGCAGCUCAUGUCUGAUUAUAGACCCAGACAACCAGUGUUCUAACCAGUGCCCCCUACUUGUCUGUCCCUGUCUCAGGUGAGAACGUCCCUGAGGAGGAGCAGCUGAGUGCUAAGGAGCAGAAGCACCUGGAGCCGUGUGACAACACUCCCAUCAUAGAUAACAUGGCUCCAGCUAACGGCCUGGUCCUGGUCGUCUCCACCGAGGAGAAGAGCAAGUACGAAGAGGACAUCAGCAAUCUGUACAAACAACUGGACGACAAGGUCAACCAGGGAAAUCUAAGCAGACUAGAUUAGAGAACUGAGUCAAUUCAUUUUGGAGCAUACAAUCUCAACAUACAUAAAGAAUAACAGACAUUAAAACACAUGCAUCAACAUUAAAUGGUAGGCUAGAUUGGGCAGGAGUAGGAAGGGGUUGGAUUUUUAAAGUCAAAUCAAUGUUUCCAACUAUAUUGUAAAUGAAAUGUAAAUUGUUGCUUGUUUUGUUUGUGUCCCACAGGAUGAUGAGAUCAACCAGCAGAGCCAGCUGGCGGAGAAACUCAAGGAACAGAUGUUGGACCAGGAUGAGGUGACCAAUCAUGAACAACCUUAUUUUCUCAUCUUAAAGGGCAAUGUCACUCAAAAACUUGAUUUUGAUACAGUACCAAAAUGUUUUGCAUGUCAGCAGUCAAGUUGUUAAGAUAUUGGACUUUCAAGAAGAAUAGUGUCUCCUGCCACAUCAUGAUGAUGAGGUGUUUUGCAUCAUCAUGAAAAUGUGGCUGGAGACACUUUUCUUCUUAAAAGUCCAAUGUCUUGAUGAUGCUUUCAAAUGGAUGAUAUACAUCUAAGGGGGAUUCAACCAGGUUACAUGGUGUGAAUUUGUCUGUGUGUGUUCCCUUUUCCGUGUGUGUGUGUGUGUGUGUGUGUGUGUGUGUGCGUGUGUGUGUCCAUGUGGGUCUCUCCUCAGCUGCUGGCGUCGACGAGAAGGGACUAUGAGAAGAUCCAUGAGGAUCUGUCUCGUCUGCAGACGGAGAACGAGGCUGCCAAGGAGGAGGUGAAGGAGAACAUUAUGAAUGAAUCCACAUUAUUAUUAUAGAAUUAUAAAUUAUUGUAUCAUUAUUAUGUUCUUAUUAUUCUAGGUGAAGGAGGUGCUGCAGGCGUUGGAGGAGCUGGCUGUGAACUACGACCAGAAGAGCCAGGAGGUGGAGAACAGGAGCCAGGCCAACGAACAGCUGCAGGAUGAGCUGCAGCAGAAGACUGUGGGUCUAUGGGCAUGAUGGGUGGGAUAGAGAGGUCUAUGGGCAUGAUGGGUGGGAUAGAGAGGUCUAUGGGCAUGAUGGGUGGGAUAGAGAGGUCUAUGGGCAUGAUGGGUGGGAUAGAGAGGUCUAUGGGCAUGAUGGGUGGGAUAGAGAGGUCUAUGGGCAUGAUGGGUGGGAUAGAGAGGUCUAUGGGCAUGAUGGGUGGGAUAGAGAGGUCUAUGGGCAUGAUGGGUGGGAUAGAGAGGUCUAGAGCAGUUCAGCCAUAGCUUAUUUUUUGGUUUACCGUACCCCUAAUGACAUUUUGUUCUACCGAGGUACCCCUUAAUGUGUGAGUGAUCUAUAUACAGUACCAGUCAAAAGUUUGGACACACCUACUCAUUCAAGGGUUUUUCUUUAUUUUUACUAUUUUCUACAUUGUAGCAUAAUAGUGAAGACAUCAAAACUAUGAAAUAACACACAUGGAAUCAUGUAGUAACCAAAAAAGUGUUUAAAAAAUCUAAAUAUAUUUGAGAUAUUCUUCAAAGUAGCCACCCUUUGCCUUGAUGACAGUUUUGCACACUCUUGGCAUUCUCCCAACCAGCUUCAUGAGGAAUGCUUUUCCAACAGUCUUGAAGCAGUUCCCACAUAUGUUGAGCACUUGUUGGAUGCUUUUCCUUCACUCUGCUGUCCGACUCAUCCCAAACCAUCUCAAUUGGGUUGAGGUCAGGUGAUUGCGGAGGCCAGGUCAUUCAAGGCACACUUAACCAGUGUGUCAUUGUCCUGUUGAAAAACAAAUGAUAGUCCCACUAAGCGCAAACCAGAUGGGAUGGUGUAUUGCUGCAGAAUGGUGUGGUAGCCAUGCUGGUUAAGUGUGCCUUGAAUUCUAAAUAAAUCACUGACAGUGUCACCAGCAAAGCACCAUCACACCUCCUCCUCCAUGCUUCAUGGUGGGAACCACACAUGCGGAGAUCAUCUGUUCACCUACUCUGCGUCUCACAAAGACACAGCGAUUGGAACCAAUAAUCUCAAAUUUGGACUCAUCAGACCAAAGGACAGAUUUCCACCGGUCUAAUGUCCAUUGCUCGUGUUUCUUGGCCCAAGCAAGUCUCUUCUUAUUAUUGGUGUCCUUUAGUAGUGGUUUCUUUGCAGUGACCAUGAAGGCCUGAUUCAUGCAGUCUCCUCUGAACAGUUGAUGUUGAGAUGUGUCUCUUACUUGAAUUCUGUGAAGCAUUUAUUUGGGCUGCAAUUUCUGAGGUGUAGUUAACUCUAAUGAACAUAUCCUCUGCAGCAGAGGUAACUCUGGGUCUUCCUUUCCUGUGGCGGUCCUCAUGAGAGACAGUUUCAUCAUAGCGCUUGAUGGUUUUUGCGACUGCACUUGAAGAAACUUUCAAAGUUCUUGAGAUUUUCCGGAUUGACUGACCUUCAUGUCUUUAAAGUAAUGAUGGACUGUCAUUUCUCUUUGCUUAUUUGAGCUGUUCUGGCCAUAAUAUGGACUUGGUCUUUUACCAAAUAGGGCUAUCUUCAGUAUACCACCCCUACCUUGUCACAAGACAAUUGAUUGGCUCAAACGCAUUAAGAAGGAAAGAAAUUCCAAAAAUUAACUUUUAACAUGGCACAUCUGUUAAUUGAAAUGCAUUCCAGGUGACUACCUCAUGAAGCUGGUUGAGAGAAUGCCAAGAGUGCUCAAAGCUGUCAUCAAGUCCCAGAAACCCUAGACCCAUGUCACGAUCGUCUGAUGAAUGAACGGACCAAAGCGCAGCGCGUUGAGUGAACAUGAUAACUUUAAUAAAGUAAAGCACGUAAAUACAAAACAAACGACGAUUCGUGAAGUCCUCUGCUAAACUGACAGAAACGGAACAAUAACCCACAAUGCCCACAAGAACACAUACCGAAUAAAUAUGGCUCCCAAUCAGAGAUAACGAGCCGACAGCUGACACUCGUUACCUCCGAUUGGGAGUCAUAUGACUAAUCAACAUAAUUACAACACUUUGACACCCAACAUAGAACCAAACCACAUAGACUGCACACACCCUGGCUCAACAUAAUGAGUCCCAGAACCAGGGUGUGACAGUACCCCCCCCUAAAGGCGCGGACUGCGACCGCGCCUCAAACCCCCCAAACAGGGGAGGGCUGGGCGGGCAUACCUCCUCGGUGGCGGUUCUGGCUCCGGCCUAGACCACCACCCCACCAUCGUCACUACCCGCUUACGUAGGUUCCUCCAAACGACCCCCACCGGUUUAAGGGGCAGCACCGGACUAAGAGGCAGCACCGGACUAAGGGGCAGCACCGGACUAAGGGGCAGCACCGUACUAAGGGGCAGCACCGGACUAAGGGGCAGCACCGGACUAAGGGGCAGUACCGGACUAAGGGGCAGCACCAGGAUAAGGGGCAGCACCUGACUCAAUGGCGGAUCCUGGCUGGCUGGCUCUGGCGGAUCCUGGCUGGACGGCUCUGGCGGAUCCUGGCUGAACGGCUCAUGGCGGGCUGAAGGAUCUGGCUGCUCAUGGCUGGCCGACGGAUCUGGCUGCUCAUGGCUGGCCGACGGAUCUGGCUGCUCAUGGCUGGCCGACGGAUCUGGCUGCUCAUGGCUGGCCGACGGAUCUGGCUGCUCAUGGCUGGCUGACGGAUCUGGCUGCUCAUGGCAGGCUGACGGAUCAGGCUGAUCCUGUCUGGCCGAAGGCUCUGGCUGAUCCGGUCUGGCGGAAGGCUCUGGCUGAUCCGGUCUGGCGGACGGCUCUGGCUGAUCCGGUCUGACGGAAGGCUCUGGCUGCUCCUGUCUGGCGGAAGGCUCUGGCUGAUCCUGUCUGGCGGAAGGCUCUGGCUGAUCCUGUCUGGCGGAAGGCUCUGGCUGAUCCUGUCUGGCGGAAGGCUCUGGCUGAUCCUGUCUGGCGGAAGGCUCUGGCUGAUCCUGUCUGGCGGAAGGCUCUGGCUGAUCCUGUCUGGCGGAGAGCUCUAGCGGCUCCGGUCUGGCGGACGGCUCUGAAGGCUCAUGGCAGACGGGCGGCUUUGCAGGCUCAGUACAGACGGGCAGUUCAGACGGCGUUGGGCAGACGGACAGUUCAGACGGCGUUGGGCAGACGGGCAGUUCAGGCGCCGUUGGGCAGACGGGCAGUUCAGACGGCGUUGGGCAGACGGACAGUUCAGGCCCCGUUGGGCAGACGGACAGUUCAGGCCCCGUUGGGCAGACGGCAGCCUCUGGCCGUCUGAGGCGCACCGUAGGCCUGGUGCGUGGUGCCGGAACUGGAGGUACCGGGCUGAGUACACGCAUCUCAGGGCUAGUGCGGGGAGAAGCAACAGGGCAUGCUUGGCCCUGGGGACGCACAUAAGGCCUAGUGCGGAGAGCAGGAACAGGCCGGGCUGGGCUGGCGACGCGCACCGUAUCUCUGGUGCGAGAGGCCGGAACAGGCCGGGCUGGGCUGGCGACGCGCACCGUAUCCCUGGUGCGAGUGGCCGGAACAGGCCGGGCCGGGCUGGCGAAGCGCACCGUAUCCCUGGUGCGUGGAGUAGGAACAGGCCGGGCUGGGCUGGCGACGCGCACCGUAGGCUUCGUGUGAGGCUCAGGAACAGGCCGGGCUGGGCUGGCGACGCGCACCGUACACUUAGUGCGAGGGGCCGGAACAGGCCGUACCGUACUGGGGACACACACGACUGGCUGUACCUCGGGAUUAGGAACGGGCCGGACCGGACUGGUUACACACCCCAGUACCUCUCGCCGUGCCUCUACACCUUCCUUCCCUGCCUUUCCCAGUCGCCCCCUUAACCUGGUAGCCUCCUGAAUCCGUCCCUUCUCUGCCUCCGUCAGCCCCCUUAACCUGGUAGCCUUCUGACUCUGCCUUGUGGCAGCCUCCUGCUGCUCAGUCGCCCAAGCCAUGUGCCCCCCCCAAAAAACUUUUUGGGGUUGCCUCCCGUCCUUCCGACGAUGGCCCUGCUCCUCUCCUGCCAGGCUCUCCCCCUUCAUCGCCCUCCGGUACCGGACGGCCUCCUCCUGGGUAAUAUGUCCCCAGCCGAGGAGGACAUCCACCAACGUUCUCUCCUGACCCGGCGCCUCCUCCGAUGUCCAGACCCUUUGCUCCUGGACGCGCUGCUUGGUCUUUCUUUGGUGGGUUAUUCUGUCACGAUCGUCUGAUGAAUGAACGGACCAAAGCGCAGCGCGUUGAGUGAACAUGAUAACUUUAAUAAAGUAAAGCACGUAAAUACAAAACAAACGACGAUUCGUGAAGUCCUCUGCUAAACUGACAGAAACGGAACAAUAACCCACAAUGCCCACAAGAACACAUACCGAAUAAAUAUGGCUCCCAAUCAGAGAUAACGAGCCGACAGCUGACACUCGUUACCUCCGAUUGGGAGUCAUAUGACUAAUCAACAUAAUUACAACACUUUGACACCCAACAUAGAACCAAACCACAUAGACUGCACACACCCUGGCUCAACAUAAUGAGUCCCAGAACCAGGGUGUGACAACCCACUCCAAUUUGCAUACCGCCCCAACAGAUCCACAGAUGAUGCAAUCUCUAUCGCACUCCACACUGCCCUUUCCCACCUGGACAAGAGGAACACCUACGUGAGAAUGCUAUUCAUUGACUACAGCUCAGCAUUCAACACCAUAGUGCCCUCUAAGCUCAUCACUAAGCUAAGGAUCCUGGGACUAAACACCUCCCUCUGCAACUGGAUCCUGGACUUCCUGACGGGCCGCCCCCAGGUGGUAAGGGUAGGUAACAACACAUCUGCCACACUGAUCCUCAACACGGGGGCCCCUCAGGGGUGCGUGCUCAGUCCCCUCCUGUACUCUCUGUUCACCCAUGACUGCAUGGCCAGGCACGACUCCAACACCAUCAUUAAGUUUGCCGACGACACAACAGUGGUAGGCCUGAUCACCGACAACGAUGAGACAGCCUAUAGGGAGGAGGUCAGAGAUCUGGCCGUGUGGUGCCAGGACAACAACCUCUCCCUCAACGUGACCAAGACAAAGGAGAUGAUUGUGGACUACAGGAAAAAAAAGAGGACUGAGCACGCCCCCAUUCUCAUCGACGGGGCUGUAGUGGAACAGGUUGAGAGCUUCAAGUUCCUUGGUGUCCACAUCACCAACGAACUAUCAUGGUCCAAACACACCAAGACAGUCGUGAAGAGGGCACGACAAAGCCUAUUCCCCCUCAGGAGACUAAAAAUAUUUGGCAUGGGUCCUCAGAUCCUCAAAAAAUUCUACAGCUGCACCAUCGAGAGCAUCCUGACUGGUUGCAUCACCGCCUGGUAUGGCAACUGCUUGGCCUCUGACCGCAAGGCACUACAGAGGGUAGUGCGUACGGCCCAGUACAUCACUGGGGCAAAGCUCCCUGCCAUCCAGGACCUCUAUACCAGGCGGUGUCAGAGGAAGGCCCUCAAAAUUGUCAAAGACUCCAGCCACCCUAGUCAUAGACUGUUCUCUCUGCUACCGCACGGCAAGCGGUACCGGAGUGCCAAGUCUAGGUCCAAAAGACUUCUCAACAGCUUCUACCCCCCAAGCCAUAAGACUCCUGAACAGCUAAUCAUGGCUACCCGGACUAUUUGCACUGCCCCCCCCACCCCAUCCUUUUUACGCUGCUGCUACUCUGUUAAGUAUUUAUGCAUAGUCACUUUAACUCUACCCACAUGUACAUAUUACCUCAACUACCUCAACUAGCCGGUGCCCCCGCACAUUGACUAUGCAACGGUACCCCCCUGUAUAUAUAGCCUCCCUACUGUCACUUUAUUUUACUUCUGCUCUUUUUUUCUCAACACUUUUUUGUUGUUGUUUUAUUCUUACUUUUUUGUUUAAAAUAAAUGCACUGUUGGUUAAGGGCUGUAAGUAAGCAUUUCACUGUAAUGUCUGCACCUGUUGUAUUCGGCGCAUGUGACCAAUAAAUUUGAUUUGAAGUCAAAGGGUGGCUACUUUGAAGAAUCUCAAAUAUAAAAUAUAUUUUGAUUUGUUUAACACUUUUUUGGUUACUACAUGAUUCCAUAUGUGUUAUUUCAUAGUUUUGAUGUCUUCACCAUUAUUCUACAAUGUAGAAAAUAGUAAAAAUAAAGAAAAACCUUGGAAUGAGAAGGUGUGUCCAAACUUUUGACUGGUACUAUACCUAUGUUCUAAUGAGUCUUUCCCAGAUUCCCCUGUGGGUAGACCAGGUACUAGAACUGUAUAGAGGGCCCUUAAUGAUGGAGUGAUGUACAACUGCUCCAUGUAUCUGAUGUGUUCCCCAGACGGUCUUGUUGUCAGUUCAGAGGGAGCUGACCACGCUCCAGGAGCUCAGUGGACACCAGAAGAAGAGAGCUGCAGAGAUCCUCCACCUGCUGCUCAGAGACCUCAGUGAGAUAGGAGCCACCAUGGGCACCAGCGACAUCAAGGUGGUGAGGGGACCUACACAGCAGAUAUACAUAGACACACAUACAGUAGAAACAACACACACCAAACCAAAUACAAACAGUCCCAUUCACAACAGUCCUGUUAAUUUAACGGGUUGGAACAUCGUUCACCUACUGUAUGUAGCUAGCAAACCUCUCCACAACAUACAACAUGAGUCAGAGUUCAUGCCCUUUAGUUUACUAACAGUAUAUCUUCCUCCUAGACUGUUGUAAUCCUACUGUUCAUCCUCUAGGCUUUAUUGAACUCUCUAUUUAACUCUACAGUCUUCUUUUUCCUGUCUAGAUGGCUGAAGGGAACGGUAACGGUGGAGUGAUAGAGGAGGACUUCACCAUGACCCGUCUCUACAUCAGUAAGAUGAAGUCAGAGGUCAAGUCUCUGGUGAACCGCUCCAAGCAGUUGGAAAGCGCCCAGGGUGACACCUCACGCAAGAUGGCCACCAACGAGAAGGAGCUGGCUUCCUGUCAGCUGCUCAUCUCCCAGGUAACAGAGGAGGGGCCAGGUUUCCCUAUAAUUGAGAAACAUUCUAAAGGCCGACGCAGAAAUGCUCUUCCAUUAUCCUAUGUUGAGUCGCUGAAUUUCUUUUCACUCUUUGCUAAAGCCCUACAAAAUGGCGACACAGGGCUGUGUUCAGUAGGUGUGAAAACAGGAAAGGUUUUGAAACGCUGACCCUGUGUUGGUGUGUUCUGAUGUAGCACCAGGCCAAGAUCAAGUCCCUGACAGACUACAUGCAGAACAUGGAACAGAAGAAGAGACAGCUAGAGGAGAGUCAGGACGCUCUGACUGAGGAGCUGGCCAAGAUGCACGCUCAGGGUGAGACAUGUGCUCACUCUACACGUUCCCUCUAUCGACACCACUGCUUCCUUCAUAACAUGGUUAACAUUGUUGUUCAACAGAGAAAAUGCACGAGGUGUCAGUGGUGGACACAGAGAAGGAACACAUCAGUAGACUGGAGGGUGAAGAGGAAAUUAAGGUGAUCAAACCCGUGAUUAAGGCGUCCACAAGGUGGAUCUGGAAGUACUCUUAGGAUGGUUAUUCUGUUGGGGAAACAAUCUGAAGUUGUACGCAUGUGUUUGUGUGUCUCUGUGUGUGACCUCUGAUCUGUCCUCCUGUCCGUCACGUAGAAGACCCUGGAACAGCAGAUGGAGGCUCACAGAGAGGCCCACCAGAAGCAGCUGGCCCGACUCAGGGACGAGAUCGAAGACAAACAGAGGAUGCUGGAUGAACUCACAGAGUGAGAAGCUAUAUAUACCGUCCGGCGACUCUCUGUGUUUGAGAACACUUUUCUAACUACAAUUCAUAAAGGCUUCAUAGGUCAUUCAUAAAGGCUUCAUAGGGCAUUCAUACAUUCCUCAUAAGCACUACAUAAAUGCUUCACAAAUCCUUUACAGGCUGUCAUAAUACAGUACUAACUGAAAGGUGGUAUAAAAGGUCAUUACAUCUGAAGCAUCUAUAUAGGCCUUAUAAAGAAUUGAUGAAUGCUCUAUAAAGCCUAUGUAACGUCUACUGUUCUCUCCUCCUUUUCACCCUCUCCUCUCCCCCUCUCCUCUCCCCCUCUCCUCCUCCGUGUCUCCCCCUCUCCUCUCCCCUCCCCCUCUCCUCUCCCCCUCUCCUCCUCCGUGUCUCCCCCUCCCUCUCCCCCUCUCCUCCUCUGUUCUCCCCCUCUCCUCUCCCCUCUCCUCUACCUUUCUCCUCUCCUCUCUCCUCUCCCCCCUCUCCUCCUCCGUGUCCCUCCCCCUCUCCUCUUCCCACCUCUCCUCCUCGUGUCUCCCACUCUCCUCUCCCCCUCUCCUCCUCUGUGUCUCCCCCUCUCUCUGUCCCCCUCUCCUCUACCUCUCCUCGCCCAUCUCUCUCUCCCCUCGUUCCUCCCCCUCUCCCUCCCUCCGUGUGCUCCCCCUCUCUCUCCUCCUCUGGUGGCUCCCCGUCUCCUCUCCCCCUCUCCUCCUCUGUUUCUCCCCCUUUCUCCUCUCCCGCCCUCUCCUCUCCCCUCCUCCUCUACCUCUCCUCUCCCCUCUCCUCUUCACUCCUCCUUCUCUCCUCUCCGCUACCUCUCCUCUCCCCCUCUCCUCUCCCCUCUCCUCUACCUCUCCUCUCCACCUCUCCAUCCCACCCUCUCCUCCGUUUCCUCUCCCCCUCUCCUCUCCCCCUCUCCUCCUUCCGUGUCUCCCCCUCUCCUCUCCCCCCUCUCCUCCUCCUUGUCCUCCCCCUCUCCUCUCCCCCUCUCCCCUCUCCCCUCUUCCCCCCCUCUCCUCCUCCGUGUCUCCCCAGUCUGAACCAGGGCCUGGUGCUGGAGCAGAACAAGCUGCUGUCUGACCAUGAGAAGCUGAAGGUGAAGGAACAGGAGACGGACGUGAAGCUCCAGAAGCUGGUCGUCUUCAACCAACAGAGGGAGCAGGCCAGACAGGACCUCAAGGGACUGGAGGAGACUGUGGUACGUCAAGGCUAUGACUGACUGACUGACUGACUGGCUGACUGGCUGACUGAAUGAGUAUAGCUCUUCACUUCCUAAGUCUUGCAGAUAAAUCAAUACAUCAUAGAUGUCCAUUUCAACAUCUUACACUGAGUACAAGUGUCUUCUCUCUGUUUUGUCUUUAAAGGCCAAAGAGCUGCAGACUCUUCAUAACCUACGCAGGCUCUUUGUUCAAGACCUCACAACACGCGUCAAGAAGGUAAGGAGAUGUUUGCCCAUGUAAGAGAGGCUGUGUAUCAGAAUGCCACCAACCUGUCAGCAGAAUGUCAGAGAUGCUCGUCUGAAGUCUGUUGUCUUUCAGUGAUGACCUGUAGUCUGUAGACUGCGCUCUGUAGUCUGUAGUCUGUAGUCUUUCAGUGAUGACCUGUAGUCUGGUCUGUGUGGAUAGACUGACUGAUGUUUCUGUCCUCUCCUGUUGUGUCCAGAGUGCAGAGCUGGACUGUGAGGAUGGAGUGGGCAGCGCCGCCCAGAAACAGAAGAUCUCCUUUCUGGAGAAUAACCUGGAGCAGCUCACUAAAGUCCACAAGCAGGUACUGUACUGGGACAUUAUUAAGCAGGUACUGUACUGGGACAUUAGCUACUGUACUGGGACAUUAUUAAGCAGGUACUGUACUGGGACUUUAGCUACUGUACUGGGACAUUAUUAAGCAGGUACUGUACUGGGACAUUAUUAACUCAGGUACUGUACUGGAACAUUAUUAAGCAGGUACUGUACUGGAACAUUAUUAAGCAGGUACUGUACUGGGACAUUAUUAAGCAGGUACUGUACUGGGACAUUAUUAACUCAGGUACUGUACUGGAACAUUAUUAAGCAGGUACUGUACUGGAACAUUAUUAAGCAGGUACUGUACUGGGACAUUUAUCUGUACUGGAACAUUAUUAAGCAGGUACUGUACUGGGACAUUAUUAAGCAGGUACUGGGACAUUAUUAAGCAGGUACUGUACUGGGACAUUAUUAAGCAGGUACUGUACUGGGACAUCUUUGCAGGUAGAGAAAAUGUAUCGUUUGAUUGGUUCAAAAUUAUAAAUACAUUUGAUUUGAUUUAUUAACAUUCCUGCCCCCUUCUGGCUGUGUCCUUCUAGUUGGUGCGUGAUAACGCGGAACUGCUCUGCAAGCUUCGUAAGCUGACCCUGAUAUCUCUGUUUCCCUCCCUCCCUCCCUUUCUCCCUCCCUCCCCCCCCCCUCCCUCCCUCCCUUUCUCCCUCCCUCCCUCCCUCCCUCCCUCCAUCCAUGUCUCCCCCAUCUCCCUGCCUCCCCUCUCUCCCUCCCUCCCAGUUGGUGCGUGACAACGCGGACCUGCGCUGCGAGCUUCCCAAGCUGGAGAAGCGUCUGCGGGCCACGGCCGAGCGGGUCAAGGCCCUGGAGAAUGCCCUGAAGGAGGCCAAGGAGAGCGCUAUGAGGGACAGGAAACGCUACCAGCUAGAGGUGGACCGCAUCAAGGAGGUCGUCAGGGCCAAGAACAUGGCCAGGAGAGGAAACUCCGCUCAGAUCGGUAAGGAUGAAGGGAGGGAGGGAGGGAGGGGAGGGAGACAGGGAGGGAGGGAGAGAGGGAUGGAAGGAAGGAAGGAAGGAAGGAAGGAAGGAAGGAAGGAAGGAAGGAAGGAAGGAAGGAAGGAAGGAAGGAAGGAAGGAAGGAAGGAAGGAAGGAAGGAAGGAAGGGAGGGAGGGGAGGGGAGGGGAGGGGAGGAUGGGUUAGGGGCGUGUGUGUGUGGGGGUGGCAGUGUGUGUUGGUAUUGAUGACUAUGUUCUGUCUUCCAGCUAAGCCCAUCCGACCAGGCCAACACCCCCUGUCUUCCCCUACAGUCAUCAGGGGAGGAGGCCUGUACAGCCACAGCUACAACCACAGCACCAAGUAA